ACCACCCGCCGUGCGCAUGCGCGGCGUCAGCACACAUGCGCAGUGAGGACACGUUCCCGCCUGACCGCGGGUCAGGGGCAGCAACAUGGCUGCGCCCGUGUGCGCGCCCGGGGCACGGCCAGAGCGGGGGGUUUAGUCCCGUCCCGUGGUGCGCGGAGCUGGUCUGUGCCGCGUCGUGUGGCCACCGCGUACCGCCACCCCUGCAUGGAGCCGCGAGAGUCCUGGGCGGCCUUGGCGGCUGGUGGAGUUGCUGGUGUCUGUGUUGACUUGAUCCUUUUUCCCCUGGAUACUGUAAAAACAAGACUGCAGAGUCCUCAAGGAUUUAGGAAGGCUGGUGGGUUUCGUGGCAUCUAUGCUGGAGUUCCGUCCACUGCUAUAGGAUCCUUUCCAAAUGCUGCUGCAUUUUUUAUCACCUAUGAGAAUGUGAAAUCCAUGCUGCCCCACAGCUCUACACCUUACUUGACGCCUGCAACGCACAUGGUGGCUGCGUCCCUUGGGGAAGUGGUCGCAUGCCUCAUACGGGUUCCAUCAGAGGUUGUCAAGCAAAGGGCCCAGGUCUCUUCUUCCUCAAGUACCCUCCGGAUUCUCUCCCACACCCUGUAUCAUGAGGGUAUUCAAGGACUUUAUCGGGGUUAUAAAAGCACAGUAUUAAGAGAGAUUCCUUUCUCUCUGGUACAAUUUCCCCUCUGGGAGUCCUUAAAGGAUCUCUGGUCAUGGAAGCAGGGUCACGUGGUGGAUUCUUGGCAGUCAGCAGUCUGUGGAGCUUUUGCAGGUGGAUUUGCAGCUGCAGUCACCACACCUCUCGAUGUAGCGAAGACGAGAAUUAUGUUGGCAAAGGCUGGUUCCAGCAACGCGAGCGGGAAUGUUCUGGCCACCCUUGGUGACGUCUGGAGGACACAAGGCCUGUCAGGCUUGUUCGCAGGUGUUGUCCCACGGAUGGCAGCCAUCAGCCUGGGGGGCUUCAUCUUCCUGGGGACAUACGAGAAGACCCGGCAGCUGCUGCUCUGACCCAGCCCGGCCGGUCCUGCAGAGCUGGAGAAGCUGCCGAGCUGGAGGAGGAGUCCACCGGCAAACACGGCCUUCCUCCUGCCGCCUUCCUCCUGCCGCCCCUCGCAGCUGUUCUGCAGGCUGAGAGCCACUUUCACUGUUAAAGAAAAGUAAAUCCUCCAAUAAUCCAAUUUCCCAAACAUGAAAUUUCCCUGCAUGGAAAGUGAGUGAGCUCAUGGUGAGAGAGUCGUGCCAAAAAAGCAAUGUUUGGGGGGUAAACAGCUAAUUACGGUGGCUGAGAAAGGCAUUAGUUAUUAGAACUCCUGCAGGGGAAGUGUUUUGCAAACCUCCACGUCGUGGGCUGAACGGAGAGUCUGAAAUAAAGUGAGUUUUCAUAAUUCAGUGGCACCUGCCUCAUAACACAGGGAGGGUUUUUCUGGUCGGGGAAGGGGCCGAUAGAGUUACAGCCCGCUGCCCUCCAACAGCACUGAAACUAUUCCAGGUUGGGAGAGCUCUUUGUAAAAGACAAUAAUCCAUUUGUUUCUGAUUUGAGCCGUAUUUGUGAAAGUUUAUAUUCCUGUUUAUACCUACAGGUGCUCAGCAAGCAUUCCUGUGUGGUAGCCAGUGCAGCUUUAUUAAUUAGACUCACAUUUCUCCAGUAAAAGCAUGGGCUUGUAUUAUUUUACAGCUGUGCCUGUGCUUAGACACGCAGCUCUGCCUUAUUUUGGUCUUCCUCCCUCAGUGGCUGAAGGAGCAGGUGGCUGGAAAUGCUGCGGGAGGGGAAGGCGAGGCAGGAGAGCGGGCAAGUGCUGCUGCCCAUGGAUGCUGAGGGCUCGGUGCCGGCAGGCUGAGCAAACCUCUGCCCUUGCCCUUGUGUCGGGAAAGAGAAGCUGUAGUGGCCACAAUGGUGCAGGGAGGAGCUUGGUGAAAAAGCCUUAUUGAAGUUACUCAAUUAAAAUUAACACCAGAGCCUGGGAGGGGGAAACUGGCUGAAUUUACACCAACAGCUUGAUAGGUGAUGCUUGGAAAUGUUUAGAUGUAGAGGGUGUUUGCGUGGGGACAGUGGGCAGCAAAGCUGAGCUCUGGCACCCACCAAAGACCCUCGUUGGCUGCGCCAGCGCGGUGGGACGAGAGGGGCCGGGCUGUGCCGUGGCGGUUCAAGUGUUUGCAAAGGGCUCGGCUGUGGUGCUGGGAGACCGUGGGGCUCCUCGCGUCGGGGGUGAGGAGGUGGGUGCCACCGACGCCACCGGCUUCAACCUGGUGGCCCUGCACGUGUACACCUGGGCUGACUGAUGCUGCCGUUUAACUUGGAGGUUGUUCUUGUCAAGGAGAUGUGAGGGUGUGAGGAGUUUUGGGUGUGGGGAGCGAAUGCCAACCCAGGUCAGUGUGUGAAUGGAUGGGGGCGGGGGAGGGGGGGGUGGUGUAUGCACAAAGCCUGAGUCCCCGCCCAGAGAACAGGCUGCACAUGUGGGCCAAGCUUAGUAAGGCUGGAUGUUUUUUUAAACUGUCAUCCCAUUAAAUACUAAUAGGACUUUUUCUUGAAGCCAAAACGUAGAAAAUAACUGGCAAACAAGUAAAACAUACAGAACAAAGGACAUAAUUCUUAAAAAUAAUCUUCAACUAAAAUAGGGGAUUUCAGCCAAGUCCUGUAUUGGCUGGUUAAUUCUGCCUGUUCCCAUGGCACGGUGUAGCAGCGCUUCCCGCCGCUUCUCCGGUUGUCUCUUUUAAGACGUUUUAAAUAUACAGCAGAACAAAUUGGGGGCGAGGGUGAGAUUUAUUACUCUGUCUCAAAAACUAACUUAUAUUUUCUAUUAAAGCUCUUUGAACACAAUGAGAGAGUCAGCACUACAGUUAGUGCAUUUAAUUACUUGAGCUGAAAAUAAUCAUGCCUUUGGGUGCAAAUGCUGGAUUUUUGUUGGCUUUUUUUUUUGCUUAAUACUUGCAUAAUCAGUUUUUGUCAUCACGGCUUUUAUUUAAAAAUGGCGGGGAAGAGAUGGAGCCCAAGUGCAGAGGGACCAGCUCCGCACUCCUGAGCGCCACGGGAAGGACACGCUCACCUGGGGAUGGCACCAGGCAAGUGAGACACUGAUUUGUCUAAUCCUGCUGAAAAUGAUGCUUUUAGUUACAGGACGACAUAGCAAUGUUUUAUUUCAACUUCAUCAAAACUUGAACCAUUAAUUUUAGGCCAUUAUUUGGAUAACGUAGAGUAAGAAAAACAGCCUCCCAAAAGCUCUUUCUUUUUCAUUUAAAAAUAUUUUAACUCCUUACACGUGUUAAGGGAUUUAUCAGGGUAGUCUCAGAAAAAUCUGCUUUAUACCCAAAGUUAUAACUUGCAGGAGAAAAAACUUUAUUUUUUUAAAUAUACAGAUUGAGAUUUUUUUGUUGUUGUUAAGACAAGAAUCCAAGCUGAUCUCCAGAGCUGCUUCUGGAAUUUCCAUAUGAGACUGGUUUGAGAAACCAGAGGUGUUCACACCUGCAGCCAAGCACAGGGCUCUCCUGGCCCCACUUUUCUUAGGUACUCACAUAUGGACAUGCUGCCUCUCUUCUGUUUUCAGUGCUAUUAUAGAUGGCGCUUGCCAGAUACUUUGGCAAGUUGAUAUAUUAUAAAAGUAUUUCUUACAAGUUCGUUAUUGCAUCUUUCAAUUCAGCCCCCAAAUUCCAUCCCAUGUGCAAGUCAGGCUGCCAAAGUCCCUGCUGAUCUACAGGAUCUCAUGGUAAAGUCAUGGGUCUAAUUUCACGAGCGGGUGUUUCGGCAGUUAGUCCCCGUUUUCAUCAGAGAAAGACAGAAAAGAUUAUAGCAAUGGAUUAGAAUUUUAUUUAAUUUUCAACUGAAACUCCCAAAAGCUCACUCUCAACAAAACAGCUGUAAUAUUAUAAAUGAACCUUUAUUAAAGACACUUCAAUGCCGUUUGUUAGACACUUCAAUAUCUUACAUGUUUUUCAAUGUACAACAUUGUACCAAAUUUUCUAAUAAAUAAAUAACUUUGUACACAAAA